AUGGGUUCGACUAAUCUGGAAGUAGAGCAGAAGGCCCUUGGCCUCACCGCCAGAGCUGAAGGAAAUGUGACGGCCAAUGCCACGACGUCCCCCGACUUGCCGCCAGAGAAGGACCCUGAGGUGACCUUCGAUACGGGUUUUCUAUCAUGGCUCCAAGUUCUGGGUUCUUUCUUUCUCUUCUUCAAUUCAUGGGGCCUCAUCAAUACGUGGGGCGCAUAUCAAACCUAUUAUGAGGCUAAUCCGCCGGCUGGUGCCUCAUCAUCCUCUAUCGCAUGGAUUGGUUCACUCCAAUCUUUUCUUCUGAUGCUGAUUGGAGUUAUCACUGGUCCGCUUUUCGACGCGGGCUAUUUCCGGGCCCUCAUCGGCUUCGGAGGAUUUAUGUUGCCGUUCGGGUUAAUGAUGACCAGUAUCUCCAGCAAAUACUGGCAUCUCAUUCUCGCCCAGGGUAUCUGCGUGGGUUUGGCUGCCGGUUGCCUUUUCGUACCUUCAGUCGCCAUCCUCCCGCAAUAUUUCCGACGUAGGAGAGGUCUCGCCAACGGUCUCGCGGCCAGUGGUAGCAGCAUCGGUGGCGUGGUCUAUCCUAUUAUGUUCCAUAAACUUCAGCAGAAUGUCGGUUAUGCCUGGGCCACUCGCGUAAUCGGUUUCCUCUGUUUUGGUACAAUCUGUGUCUCACUGAGCAUCAUGCGUGUUCGCUUCAAGCCCAAGGACAAGCGCAAGCUCUACCAGCUCUCCGCUUUCAAGGAUCUCGGCUACUGUCUGUUUACCGUGGCCAUGUUUCUUGGAUUCCUAGGAUUCUACAACUUCCUAUACUAUGUCCAGCCCUACGCCAUUGACACGGGUAUCGUGGACAGUAAUUUGGGAUUCUAUCUUGUUUCUAUGCUCAACGCUGCCUCAACCUUCGGCCGAAUCGCUCCCAACUUCCUGGCCGACCAUACUGGCCCGCUCAACAUGCUCUCCCCUGCCGUGACCGUUACAUCCAUUCUGGCAUUUGUGUGGAUUUCCGUUGAUACGACUGCCGGCAUUAUCAUCCUGGCCAUCUUCUACGGCUUCUUCUCCGGAGGAUUUGUGUCUCUUCCGCCUGUGGUGAUGGCCAGUAUGACGGCUGAUGUACGUGACCUGGGUACUCGGCUCGGCAUGGUCUUUGCCAUCACUUCGAUUGGCCUACUGAUUGGAACUCCUAUCGGUGGGGCUAUCCUUGGUGACACUGGCAAAUACAUUGGGGUUCAACUAUUUACCGCUUGCUGUCUUGUUGGAUCAGCUAUUCUCAUGAUCAUCUUGAGAGUGGUGCGCUCUGGUCCCCGCUUGAUAGCCAAGGCCUGA